AAAACAAGUUAUUUUCUACAUUGUUGCCGAGCUGAGCUGUCAGUGAUUUCUGUGCUGAACUGAAAGAAAGCAUCGCGGGCUCCAGCCAAAAUGUCAUUUCCCAAGGCUCCUCUGAAGAGAUUUAAUGAACAUAUUGGAUGUGCUCCUGCACCUGGAUCUUAUGAUGUGAAGCUUUACGACGGACUCAAAGGGCCCGUUUCUUUUGAAAAAUCCCACAGAUUUCAAGCUAAAAAAGAUUCCAACAAUGAAAGCCAGAUCAUGGAUAAAGAAGAGGAACUAUCUCCAGUUCGCCUACGAAAACAUUCCUUUGGAUCAGCUCAAAACUUGAGGCAGAAACCAGAGAAAGAUGCAGAUUUUGUCAAAGAGAUGAAGAAGCAGAAGUCAUUGGAAAAAGAGAUCCGCUCGCUUAUAAAGGAACGUACUGAACAAGACAAGAAGCUGCAGGCUUUAGAGGAGGAGUUUAAAAAGACAGAAGUAAAAUUGGUUACUGCUUUGAGAGAGAAGACCUCGCUUUCUGCUUCCAUAGCAUCUAUGGAACGACACAUCGCUGAUUUGGACAAAGCAAAUGAACUCUUAAAGACAAAGUUUUCGGACGACAGCUCAAAGAAGAAAAUUAACAGUCUUUGCGCCGAACUUAUUGAAGUAAAAAAUAAAGUGGAUGCCAAAGAUAAGGAAAUUAUUAGCAAACAAGCAAACUUUGAAGAACAAAUUACCGUACUUCAGGCAAAUCUCUUAUCUUGUAAGCAAACCUUGGAGACUGUGCAGAAGAAGAAUACAUUUCUGGAGGAGAACUAUCAGGAUGCAAAUUCACACAGUGAAGCCUUGGAAAAGGAUCUGGAUAAUGCACGUGCUUUAAUUGAGGAGCUGAGAGGAGAAAGCAGAAACCUUCAAGACUAUCUCUCAGGUGCCCAAGAACAAAUGCAGGAUAUGCGCAUGGAAAUGAGCACUAAGGAACGGGAGUUUGAAAAUAAAUUAAAAGAUAUUUCCUCUUCUAUGUCAGAACAAAGCAAGGCCCUGGCAAUACAAGGGGAAAUGGAAAGCAAACUUCAUGAAACCGAGAAGAACUUGGCAUUGGCGUUGGAGAAAAUAGCACAGCUUGAACAAGAACUCAAUGCAGUGAAAGAAGAAAAACAUAAACUGAUUGAGGAAAAGGCUGAAACAGAGGCAAAGUUGUUUGCGUCUAUGGAACAAAUGGGGAAAAUAAGUACUGCGGUUUCACAAUGUGAACAGUACAAGCUGUGCCUGGACCAAACCUCUGAUUUACUGAAGCAGAAAGAACAGGAAGAAAUGAGCACAAAGGAGAACUUUAGCCUAAGGGAAAAAGAACUCCUGGCACAAAUUAAAGAGCUGGAUGAAAAGUAUUUGGCACAGAUACAAGAAAAGGAAACACUUGCAUCAGAAAGUAGAGAGAAGGAGAGAACGUUGCAAAUUGAGCUGGAAAUGGUUAAAGAGAAGAUGAGCAAAGAAGAGGACAGCUGCCAUGUACUGCGAGAGAAAGAAAAGCAACUGUCUAUGCUUUUGCAGAAAGAGAUGGAAACUUGCAGCUUCCUGCGCGAGGAAUUGCAAAAGGUACAAGAAGAGAUGAUGAAAGAGAGGCAUCUGUUGGAAGAGGAACUGGAGGGAACCUUGGAUGAACUAGACCGAUUGCAAAUUGCAGAAGAACAUUCAGACCGAUUCAUUAAACAGCUUGAAGAGGAAAAUAAGCAGCGGGCUGGAGAGUUGGAUUAUUUGGAGGAAACUCUAAAGGGGAAAAGUGCGGAACUGGAACGAAUCAAAGAGGUGCACAGAAAAGCCAUGUUGCAACUGAAGGAAGAGCAGAGUAACAACACGCAUAAAGUUCAAGAAUAUGAUAGUUUUAGGAGAUCAGCAUCAACAGAAAUUGAAUCCUUAAAGUCUACAAACUUGUCCUUGCUAGAAAAAAUAGCACAGGCAGAAAAAGACAAGGAAAUGCAAGAACAACUUCUUGAAGAGCAAGUCAGGGAUAAGUCUGUACUGGAGCAACAAUUUAUUGACCUAAGAGCGGCUUCAAGCCAAACCAAGGAAGAGUAUGAGCAAAAACUUUACGAGUUGCAAGAGACUUCAAACACAACUAAAGAAGGUUUGGAGCAGCAACUUCUUGAUCUUCAUAAAACAUCGGCUAAAGCUGUGGAGGAUUUGGAGGAGAAGCUAUAUAAACUGCAAGAGGCAUCAAGCAAAACUAAGGAAGUGCUUGAGCAGCAGGUUAAAGAUCUACAGGAAGUAUCCAACAAAACAAGAGAUGGAUUGGAAGAGCAGCUUCAAAAGGUACAAGAGGCAUCCACUAAAACUCGAGAAAGUUUAGAGCAGGAGCUUCACGAGUUAAAGGAGACAUCCGCAAAUACCAAUAAAGGGUUGGAACAGCAGCUUCAUGAGAUCCAAAAAGAAGCAUCCAGAACUGCAGAAAAAUUGGAACAACAGCUUCAAGAGCAACAAGAGGUUUCUGCAAAAACUAUCAAAGCACUGGAGCAGCAGCUUAAAGAUCUUCUAGAAACAUCAACCACAACUAAACAAGGGCUGGAGCAACAACUCUGCAAGCUUCAGGAAGACUCCACAAAAACAAAGAAUGAUUUGGAACAGCAGCUACGAGAUCUUCAAGAAGCGUCAGCCAAAACUCAGGACGGGCUGGAAAAGCAGCUACAUCUGCUGCAGGAGGAAUCUGCCAAAACCAGCAAAUUGCUACUGCAGCAGCUUUGCGACCUUCAAGAAGUAUCCAAUAAAACAAGAGAAAAUUUGGAACAACAACUUCAGGAAAUGCAAGAGACCUCUUCCAAAACCAAGGCAGAAUUGGAGCGGCAGCUUCAGGAGUUACAAGAGACCUCUUCUAAUACAAAAGAUCUGGAGCAACAGUUGCAAGAUGCAUGCACUAAAAGAAUAGAAUUUGAACAGCAGCAGCAUGAACUGGAAGAGCUAAGGUUGCAACUUCUUGCAUUACAGGAAUCUACAGCACUUUCUAAAGAGAAAUAUAUCAGCAUGAUAUGUGAUGCAGAAUUGAACCUUGAAAUGAAAGAUGCCAAACUAAAGGAGCUAGAAGAGCAACAGCAGUUACGAGAGGAUCCGCUAAGGAUGGAAUUGGAGCAGCUACAGAAGCAAUCUGAGCAGCUGCAUGAACUGAAAAGAAAGCAAGAAGAAGAAUUGGAACUGUUAAGGAAACAAUCUGCAAAGGAUGAACAGGAUGCAACAGAAGCAAACAAGUGGCGCACCCUUUAUGAAGAGUUGCAGAAUAAAGUCAGACCUUUCAAGCAACAGCUGGACGCAUUCGAAGCUGAAAAGAACGCCAUGCUUAAUGAGCAUGGAGCAGCUCAGGAUGAACUGAACAAGCUUAGUGAGGCAUAUGCAAAACUGCUGGGUCAUCAGAAUCAGAAACAGAAGAUCAAGCAUGUGAUGAAGCUGAAAACGGAGAAUUCUGAGCUCAAACAGGAGGUUUCCAAACUCCGUGCUCAACUUGCAAAAGAGAAGCAGGUAGAAAAGCAGCUGCAGGCGCACCUGAAUGAAAUCGAGGGAGUGAAAAGGUUCGAUCCGUCCAAAGCUUUCAAGCAUGAUGUCAAAGAGAAUGUGUUCCCAAAAGCUCCUUUGCGGGAAGGAAACAGAAACAAAUGCUGACUGGGCAAUGACUGACUCUGAACCACAAUCCUGCAUUAGUGCAAUUUGUUUUUUUUUAUAUGUUGUAUUUUAGAACGUAAUCUCUGUGGAAGAAUGCUGCUGAAAAUUAUACAUUCUUAUCCAUAUGUGCUUUUUAAAUGUCCUAUUUAUCACUAGUCUCUUUCACAGCUUUUAUCAUGAUUUUAUUCUUAACGAAACCACUCUGUCGAUUUUGCUUUUAGGAUUUUAAAUAAAGUUAUUAUUCUUCAUG